AUGAAUGCUGGACUAAUAGCAUUGCAAGGUGUAUUCUCAUCCAUAGACAGGAAGCAAGAUGAGCACUGGUCAACUAUAGCUGUAUGCAAUUCAACUAUGAUAGAAGAGCAUAGUGUGAAACAAGAAGAGAUAGGGAGUGUGCUCACUGUCAUAAAGAAUUUCAUGGAACAGCAGACCUCUAUACAGAUGGACACUGCUCAAAGAUGGUCGAUAGAAGAGCAUGACUACCAGGUGGGAGAGAGGUAUCUAAAGAUAUUAGAGGGCAGAACUGGAGUGCCAGGUGUUUGCAAUGAGGAUGCAGCAGACAAGCCAAGAGUCAGGAAUGCAGACUCACAGUAA